AUGACUGACAGCGUCACGGCCGACGAUCUACUGCUCCUGCUCUGCACGGCUCUCAGCUACUCUGUCAUGGUCAUCGCGUGCGUGUACAAGGCGCCGCAGGUGUACGCAGUCGUCAAGUCAGGCUCAUCUCUAGGCAUCAGCCUACAGAGCCUGAUCAUGGAGUUCACCUCAUACACAAUAGAAAUGACGUACCAGUACGCCAUGGACUACACUUUCAUCACGUAUUUUGAGAUCACGGUCAUGUGGGCCCAAGACGUUGUCUUAUUUUACGUAGUCCUCAAGAACAGACAUCUCCUGGGCCCUGGACUUAUACCUUACAUUGUGCUGUAUCCUUUAAACCAGAGGUUCCCAAACUGGGAGAUGUUCCCCAUCUUCGCCUUUUGGCGGACUUCAAAUUAUCUGCAUGAUUUGGCUCACAGUUCCUUAACAGUGGUCAGAUAUUGUGUUGCUAUGGCAGUGAUGGCCAAAAGAUGGUUGCCAGAUUGGAUCAUGUACGGUUUGAUACUAUCGACGGUUCCAGUCAUCACCGGCAGUAAGGGGGUCCAGUUGUGGAAGGUGCUGAAAACGAAAAAUCCCGGCAGUCUUAGCGCGCUAACCUGGGGCCUCCUUGCUUACAUGGCCGGAGCUCGCGUCUUGACGAACCUUCUCCUAAUCAAGGACGUCCCACUCUUGCUGAACGCCGCCAUCACUACAGUGCUAAACGUUGCCAUCAGUUCCUCCAUCCUGUUCUACAACUACAAGAAGAAAGCCAGGAGCAGGACCAGAGCUCAGUCCUCCCGAGUGUGGGAUUUGUGCACCGAUUUUUUACAGUACCUCCACCCAUUUUACCAGAGGCCGUUUGCACCCUGUCACUGA